ACGCAUCUACACGUUAUGGCUCUAGGAGGGCCUUGGUGUCGACCAAUAGCAACGCUCGACGUGCCUCCGGAAGUGCUGGCGGCAGCGCCGCGCUCUCUCUGCCUCCUGGUCCUUCUCCACUUCCGCCUCCGUGUCCCUGUGCUCCGAGUCUCUGCUGGCGGCGCAAAGGCGAUGGAGCUGCUUUGGCUGGCUGAAGCGUCUGUGGCUCUGGCGGUCUCGGGGCUGGUCCUGAUUGCUGUCAUUGCCCACAUAACUGCAGCGAAAGUUCCAAACCUUAAUCGACACGAGGAUGAAAAAUACUUUUUGAAUGCUGAAAAUGAGAAGGAACUUGUGCCCAGCAUCCAUGAUCCCCCAACACGAGAUCUUUCCGUAGUUGUGCCUUCAUAUAAUGAGGAAGAACGGUUACCAUCAAUGCUGAAUGAAGCUUUGGACUACCUAGAGAAGAGACAGAGGCAAGAUCCUGCAUUCACAUAUGAGAUCAUAGUAGUUGAUGACGGCAGCAGAGAUCAAACCACAAAGGUUGCGCUGAAGUAUACCCAAAAAUAUGGUAGCGACAAAGUGAGAGUCCUCCCUCUGGUGAAGAAUCGUGGAAAGGGGGGAGCUGUUAGAAUGGGUGUGUUCAGUUCACGAGGGGAAAAAAUACUCAUGGCUGAUGCUGAUGGAGCCACAAAAUUUGAAGACGUUGAAAAAGUAGAAAAGGGUCUUGAGAGUCUGCAGCCCUGGCCUGACCAGAUGGCUAUUGCCUGUGGCUCUAGAGCUCACUUGGAGCAAGACUCCAUAGCACAGCGGUCUUAUUUCCGUACACUUCUCAUGUAUGGAUUCCACUUUCUAGUAUGGUUCCUCUGUGUUAAGGAAAUCAAAGACACCCAGUGUGGUUUUAAACUAUUAACCCGAGAGGCAGCUUCCCGGACUUUUUCAUUCCUUCACAUAGAGCGCUGGGCAUUUGAUGUGGAACUUCUGUAUAUAGCUCAGUGCUUUAAAAUACCAAUAGCAGAGGUUGCUGUCAACUGGACAGAAAUUGAAGGUUCUAAGUUGGUUCCAGUCUGGAGUUGGUUGCAGAUGGGCAGGGACCUUCUUUUUAUACGACUGCGAUAUCUGACUGGUGCCUGGCAGCUUCGAACAAGAAAAAUUAAUUAGGUUAUUUAUACUUACCAAAUGGGUUGUUUGAUACAAAGACUACAGCGAAUUAUUUCUACAGUAUGAAAUAAGGAAAAAGCCGGGACUAUUCUUCAUUACUGUUGUUCUGUGCUGCGCCUAUUUUUCAAAAAAAUUGCCAAGAAUGUGGAUGUCCUAUAUAAUAAGCCUUUUCAAGUGUUGGGUGUGGUUUUUUUUAAGUUUUGCAACUGGGAGUCAGUCUUUUUACUUUUGUAUCAGCAUUUUCCAUUUUCACAAAUUAUUAUUUCACAAAAUGUACAGCAAAAUGUACAUGCUAAAAAAUCCCAUGGACUACUUUUUUAUUAUAAAGUCUGCCAUUGCAGUUAGCCAAAGCAUUGUUCUUUGUAUAUUAAUGUACAAGAUGUCAGUUUCAAUGGGGAAACCCUUGUGUGUGAGAUGUCUUCAGUACCUGCAGCGAACCACAUAAUUUGGGUGUCUGUUUCAGUACUUGAACUGGUCACUGGCAUUUCAGAAUGGCACCAUCCAUUUCUAGAAUUGCCAAGAAUGACGUAGACGUUUUUACAUUAAUUGGAGGGAGUUCUGCACAAAUUUCAUUUGCUCAUUGAAUUCAGCAGCAUGUAUUCCUCUAAAUGUACAUUUGUGAGCUAGAAUGGAUUUCCAAUAAACCCAAGGAGUUCAGAAGACAAGAAAA